AUGGCAAGCCAUUCCAACGCGAUUAUUAUACCCGAUGACGAAGAGCCAUGUCUCGAGCCAGGGAGCUCACGACCUCGGCGGUUCCCUCGCCGUGAUUACAGUUACCGGGAUUUUGAGAGCAUGAUUGUUGAAGCAGUCGAUGAUGAGGCGGAUACGACUCCAUCACGCAAACGCAAAAGAACCGAAACGAAGGAGCCGUCUACUUUGGUACCAGUUCCUCACAAAACCUUCUUCCUUCAUUUUACUUAA